AUGAAGGGCUUACUUCCGCUGCUGUCGCUCCUGUCUGGCGUCCAGGCGCUGUUUUUCUACGUCGAUGCCAUGACUCCGAAAUGCUUCUACGAAGAGCUGCCAAAGGACACCCUCGUCGUUGGACACUACACUGCCAAGGAGUGGGAAGACCGUGCAAAGAACUGGCAACAGCACAGCGGCCUCAACAUCUACAUCACCGUCGACGUGCGCCUCUCCCCUCCCCGCCCAAAGCUGUCGGUCAAGAGCUCGGCUCGUGUGCUAACUGACCUGCCGUUCCAGGAGGUCUUCGACAAUGACCACCGCGUCGUGUCCCAGCGUGGCCAGUCCUCUGGUCGCUUCACCUUUACCGCGCAGGAGCCUGGCGACCACAAGAUCUGCUUCCAACCCUCGUCGAGCUCGGGCAAGACCGGCUGGCUCUCGCUCAAAGGCGACAACGGCGGUAUCAAGUUGAAUCUCGACCUCGUCAUUGGCGAGACGAACCAGAUCGAGAGCAGCGACAAGGACAAGCUGCACGACAUUUCCUCGCGCGUCAAGGACCUGCAUGCCCGACUGAACGACAUCCGCAGGGAGCAAAUUUUCCAGAGAGAACGCGAGGCCGAGUUCCGAGACCAGUCCGAAAACACAAACUCGCGCGUUAUCCGAUGGAUCCUCAUCCAGCUAGUCAUCAUCGGCAUCACCUGCGCAUGGCAACUCUCUCACCUGCGCUCCUUCUUCAUCAAGCAGAAGCUUACAUGA